CUAAAUAUAUCACAUAUUUACAUUCCAACAUUUCAUAUGAUUAUAACUAUAUUAAAACAUAUAAAUAUAUAGAUGAGUACAUUGUAAAUCUUUAUUUGUCCUAUAUUCCUAUGUAUGUAUUAUACAAGCGAAAAUGUCAGAAUAUAGAAGAUAUUGAACAAGUUCAAUUAUGUUCCGAACCUAUGUUGAUACAAGAUGCUUGUAUUAACCGUCGAGUUCCCCUAAAAACCAAUAGAAAUUAAUAUAAUAAUAUUCAAAAUGUUAUGGAAAUCACGUAAAACUACAGACAUAAUAUCUAACACAUUACAUAGUAUUACAGUAACAUCUAAGAAAUCUUUUAUGCAAUUAUGCGUCUAUUAUUAUAAUACCUACCAUUAAGUACACACAGGAAACUAGGUUUUGCUCUGCACAAAUUUAUUUUCGAGUAUUAACCUCUAAAAUAAUAUAAUUAAACACAAACUACACUUACCCUCAAAACUCCUCGUCAUUGAAUUUGAAUUGAAUUGAAUUUCCGUUGUUAGCCAACUAAUGACCAUGUCUGUGUGUAUACUGACUUGAUUAAUGCCAAACGAAAAAACGAUUCUGAGCGAUUUGUGAAGGAGACAGAAAAUUUUGUUUGUCUUUCCAUGAUAAUUAGUAAUUAUUACUAAUUACUUAUAUUAUACCUAGGAACUAAAAAGUAAUAAGAAGACGCUACACCCAUCUACGUUGUCUUCUACAAACAUAGGAACGACAUAGUUAAAUCCGUUUCACGCGGGCAAAGACCAGUGAGACCACUCAGGCUGUAAACUGUAGUCCAAAUUAAGCAACAAGAUUUUCACAUCGGAAAGAGGAGAUUUUUGAUUGCGCAAUAUCGUUUUAAUUUUUUUGAUAUCAGAAUUACGAAAAACCAAUUGCUUUGGUGUUUUUCAAAUUUGAAUAACUUUUUUUGUGGUACCGAUAUCGAAAAAAUAAAAACAAAGUUGCAGUAUUUGCCCAGUUCAAAAUCUCCUCUUUCUACUGUGAACAUUUAGUUGCUUAAUUUGAAAUACAGCCAGUCAGCCUGCGCGGUCCUUGCCCGCGUCAAACGAAUUUUACCUUGUUGGUUGUACAUUUGUAAUAUUGUAAGUCGGUGACAAUGGAGCGUAUGCAUUUCUCAUAACAUUUCUAACCAUCUAAACACAUAAGCAGUCUUGAAUCAGUUGAAUCUUAAUAUUUUAAACUGCCGCACUUGGAUUUGCCCCCAGCACGAGUAAGAUGUUUGAUGGCGUACAAUAUUUUUUGUCGUCACGACAUGGCCUACACUGCGCGUAUAUCACUAUCAUUUUAUACUCGGCUUUUGUAUAUCGGUCUGUAGUUGAUAUUGUUGAUAAUAAUUUAAAAACGUGAACGUAAAUAAUUUUGAAUUUCUUGAUUCUUCACGACGUUCCUCGGCUUUAUCGUCGUUUUACGUUAUUACUUAUUUAAUAUUUUUAUUGUUGGACGUCUUGUUUAGUCGUCUGCGUAGGAUAAACCAUUAUUAACCGUUUAAAUAUUGUACAUUUUCAACCGAUCAUUGGUAUUUGGUUUGAGAAGAAAAACUUUCAUCAUUGAAUGUUUUGCACUUCGAUUUGCAGAAUAAUGAAAUUAAAAAUCCAACUGAUCCAUUAAGUUACAAGAAAGUUUAUAUUAAUAACAAAAACGAAAACAGUAAUAAUAAAUCUCAAAAACAUGGCCACUUCUGAUCUAGAAUAUUUACUAUUGCAAGGGCAAAAACUUUGCAAGGAUACUGAUACAUUUAAGCCAGUAUCAAAAAUACAUAAAUCAUUACGUCAGUUAUGCCGGAAUGCUGAUCAUGCCCCAAAACAAUCAAGUAGAGGAAAUGAUGAACAAUGUGCAAAAGAAUUUCUAGCAAACCGUGGUCUAGAUCUUUCUGGCUACUCUAAUGUUCUUAAAAAAUUAUGUACAUACCGUGACAAUGUUAUCACACCAUGUGAUUCUAAACCAGUGAUGGACUAUUCCAGUAGUGUAGAAUCCUUGAUGGGAAGACACAUUGAAGACUACAUCAAUAAUUUAGAAGCGAAUGAUAACAAAGAUGCUGAUGAUUAUUUACAAGAUCUUCCAAUGAGCUGGAAGAACAUUAAAAAAGGUAUUGUUUACAACGAAUUUGCCUCGGAUUCAUAUGAUGUAUCAUUUUGUCUUCAGAACUUAUUAACUACCAAAAAUACAUAUUUUACAUUUGAUCCUAGUCUCAAUAAUCCCAAUGAGUCAGCUUGUAAUUUUCCUUUUAUCAAUGAUGUCCAAAACUACAUUAAGGCAAAAGAAUGUAAUGAAACAAACAAAGAAUUAAUUGAAUAUUUCUUAGAAACUAUACAUAAGAGUAAUACCUAUAAUGCAACAGUAGCUCAUAUUUGGAAUGUAGUUAAGUACAUGUACAAUAUAAUUCCACAAAAAUCGCCAUAUGGAUCAUUUAAUGAACGUUUUUCGGAAGAAAAUCAAACAAGACUUGUCAAAAAUGCUAAGAGCUAUCUAGAGGAUAAAUACCAAGCUUUUCUCAUAAAAGAGACUAGACAUUUAAAUAUUGCAAAUGAUGAUAAUUACAUGGCGGCUGUUGUAAGUUCUUAUGUAUUUAUGAACACUGGUAGACCAGCAACACAACAAAAUGAUUUUCACGUUGAUGAACAAUCAAUUUGGCCAUUGCUUUACUAUAGUUUAAGAUGCGGAAGAAUGGAUGUUGCUAAUUAUUUCAUUAAGAAAUCUGGUUUAGCAUUUGAUGAUCUAUUAAAUGUAUUUAUUCACUUAAAAGAAGCAAAUUUUACAGAACGUAUUGCUUCCAAUAUUGGUAUUACUUUGAACAAAUAUUACAGAACUCUUCCAGCGUAUGAUAAUGCAUUCAGGAAAACCAUAUUCUCUUUGUUGGGUAUGGUGGAAGCCAACAUAGAGAAAAAAGCUGUGUCUAAGACAAUUGAAGACAAACUGUGGAUGUUGUUAGUUGAACAUUUUGCGAGCAAGUACAUGGAAGAUUCAAAUGGAUUAGAUUACUGUUCGUUACAAAGAUAUAUCUUAGACAACGGUAAACCUUAUAAAGAACAGCCUCAUGUGUACUUUGAGUUAUUAUUUUUAAUUGGGCAGUUUGAAAGCGCAAUAGACUUCUUAUACCGUAGUGUCGAGUUUUCCAACCACGCAGUGCAUAUAGCUAUUGCAUUAAACGAAAAGAAUUUAUUAGCCACUCCUGAAUAUUUACAAGCUCCAUUUUUAUCUAAUGAGAAUGUUGAUGUUAAAUUUGUGCGCCUGAAUUAUACAAGAUUGAUUUUAUUAUUUUGCAAUGAGCUUAAAUCGAACAAUCCUCAUUAUGCUACAUAUUAUUAUUAUUUCUUAAGAAAUGUAAAAAGUCCAACUCUAACAGAAAAUUUGUUUCACAAGUGCGUUGCAGAUCUUGCAACAUCUUUUGAUGGGAACAUGUGUGAUUGGAUGUUUGGAUGUUUAGAUGAUAAUAUGAAAGAAAACAGCAUUUUACACAGUAUCUUUGAUAUUGACACUAUUAAAGCUAUAAUUGAUAAAACAUUAGAAUUGACUUUGGAGAAAAAUAAACCCGAAGUUGCUUUUAAACUUUACAGCUUGGCAUCAGAUAAGGCUGCAUAUGGUGUUAUGAAUAAUAUACUGAGUUUUGCUAUUUACAAUUAUUAUGAUGUUUUUGGUCGUGCUAUGACUGAAGAUAAGUGUAUUGUCAAUAAAAACUUUUAUGACCGCAUUUACUCUUAUUUGAAAGAGUUGAACAAUAAACAAUUAUGUACACAAGAACCAAUUGGUCCCAUAUUAACAUUUAAUGUCUUACGUAACAUGUACUUAUUUUUCUAUUAUUCUUCUCAACAUAAAUUUCUCACAGCCAUUGAAAAAGCCAAUGAAACAGGUCUAGUACCAUUAAGCAGCGAAGAUGCAAAACAAUGUUUAAAUAAUUGUACCAAGCAUGGUGAAAUUAUACAAAGAAACAUAAAUAAUUUUAUUAAGUCAUUAGUUAGUGUAUUAUGUAAAGAACAUUCUAAAAUUUUAAAACAUCAAAAUACCUCUAUGGAAGAAGAUUCAUUAAUUGAAGAAGAAAAUAGUGAUGUUUUUGAUCAAACCAGAGAAAUUGGAUGGACAAAACGGAAACUUCAGAAAACCAUUAGAGUUAUAUAUUUAUUCACUGCAAAGUUACCUGUACAUAUUGCUCUUGAUGCAGUUGAAUACAUUUCAAACAAUGCAUCAAGCAUGCAACUAGACUGAGAAUUAUAAAAAAAUGUACAUAGGAGAUAAAAUAUACAUUUUAUUUAUAUUUAUAUACUUGAUAAAAAAAUUUUUUAACAAUAUAUGAACGAACCAAAAUAUUUUUCAUUCAGUCAAAGUCUUUAAUGUAUACAUAUUCAUUAUUUAAUAAGGAUAAAAAUUGUAUAAUUAUGGUUUAUUUCUGAAUUUCUUAUAUAGUUGUCUGUUGAUAAUCUCCAUUUAAUAUUUUUUUGCAACUGCAUUAAAAAAAAUAACUAUUAUUAUUUUUAAUUAUUAUAGUGAACAAUUUUGUUUUAAUUUUGAUAAUAAUAUAAGGCAUUUUAAAGAUUGUAUGUGUGUAUUCUGUAAAGAUUUUCUUUUAAAAAUGAAUAUAUUCAAAAAUAUUAGAACAAAUA